ACUGGCUUCCGUCUUGAGCCUGCGGAAACGAGCUAGAAAGAGAGAGCGAACGAGGGGGUUGAUACACAGAACUGGGUGAUCGAACGGAUGAGAGUGCGAGGGGAUAGUACGAGUAAUUAAAUAUAAUAUAGCUAGCCACAUUGUACGUAGCUGCAUAUUAAAAGAAGAGGCCUGUGGAGAUGGGCGACAAGGCUGGCACAAGGGUCUUUAAGAAGUCCAGCCCCAAUUGCAAGCUCACGGUAUACCUGGGGAAAAGAGACUUUGUGGAUCAUCUAGACCAUGUGGACCCAGUGGAUGGAGUUCUGUUGAUUGAUCCAGAAUAUCUUAAAGACAGAAAAGUGUUCGUGACCCUGACAUGCGCAUUCCGAUAUGGGCGGGAGGACCUGGACGUGUUGGGCCUGUCUUUUCGGAAGGACCUGUACAUUUCCACCUUCCAGGCCUUCCCCCCCCUCCCAGAGGAACACAAGCCCCUCAGCCGGCUGCAGGAGCGACUGCUGAAGAAGUUGGGCCAACAAGCACACCCCUUCAACUUUACUAUUCCUCAGAAUCUGCCUUGUUCAGUCACCCUGCAGCCUGGCCCGGAGGACACCGGCAAGGCAUGUGGGGUAGACUUUGAGAUCAGAGCUUUCUGUGCCAAAUCUGUGGAAGAGAAGAUUCACAAAAGGAACUCUGUGCGGCUGGUGAUCAGGAAGGUGCAGUAUGCUCCAGAGAAGCCCGGCCCACAGCCCAUGGUGGAGACCACCCGCAGCUUCCUCAUGUCCGACCGCUCCCUGCACCUGGAAGCCUCCCUGGACAAGGAGCUGUAUUACCACGGGGAGCCCAUCAGCGUGAAUGUCCACGUGACCAACAACUCCACCAAAACCGUCAAGCGCGCCAAAAUCUCUGUGCGGCAGUACGCUGACAUCUGCCUGUUCAGCACCGCGCAGUACAAAUGUCCUGUGGCACAGGUGGAGGCAGAUGACCAGGUGUCCCCCAGCUCCACGUUCUGCAAGGUGUACACUCUCACCCCGAUGCUGAGCAACAAUCGGGAGAAGAGGGGCCUGGCACUGGAUGGUAAACUCAAACAUGAAGACACCAACCUGGCCUCCAGCACCAUAGUGAAGGAUGUGUCCAAUAAGGAGGUCCUGGGCAUUCUGGUUUCUUACAGAGUCAAAGUCAAACUGGUUGUGUCACGUGGAGGGGAUGUGUCAGUGGAGCUGCCCUUUGUCUUAAUGCACCCAAAACCCUCAGACCAGCCCAGCUCCAGGCCACAGUCAGCCAUUCCUGAGACAGACACCCCUGUGGACACCAACCUGAUAGAGUUUGAGACAAAUAACUUCUCUCAGGAUGAUGACUUUGUUUUUGAGGACUUCGCCCGUCUGCGGCUGAAGGGAAUGAAGGACGACAAGGACGAGGAUGACCACUUCUGCUAAGUCUCUCCCCAAACGGGCAGCGGGCCAACCGGGGUGAGGGGUGUUCAGGCAUGGUCAAUAGCCAGUGGGCCAAUGUAGUUAAGUGGGUGUGGUCACUUAUUUUGAGCUACGAUAUUCUUCUCUCCCUUCCUGUUUUUGCAUAUGUGAUGACAUUGUGGAUUUGUCUCUGGUUUUCAGCCCUUGUACCAGUGCACAUGUGAGAAACGGAGAGAAAUGGGGAUAUUUUGGGAGGUGAAUGACCAUCACUGUCAAUUUUUAGCUGGGAGGGGGGGAUUUGUUUGAGGGUAAAUUUGUUUAUUUUGGUCCCACUUUAUAUUAAGUGGGCAAUAUACCUAUGUAAUUGCAUAAGUACCAUGUAACUUCAAUGUAAGAAUGCAUUGUUACACAGUAACCAAUGUGGAACACAAGUUUGCAAUUUAUUUAAUUACACCUUAUUUGAUUAACCACACCCCUUUCCCUAACCCUACCUCUAACUUUAACCUCAGUGCAUAACCUAACCUCAAGCCCAGUCUUAUGUAAUUACAUACUUGCAUAGCAGUUACACAGUACUUACUUGCAGAUGCAUAUGUUACUUCUAUGUAUAUGAAUUGUACAUGUGUAAUUACUGCGCAUUUACAAUGUACUUGGUGCCCACUUAAUGGAAAGUGUGGCCUUUUUAAUCGGAGAAGAUUAACAAAACAACAGCAACACAAAGAAGACCACAGAGGAAGAGGAAAUAUUUUUGUCUUUUUAUACCAUCCAUUUGUGACUUUUUAGAAUGCUUGUAGAGACUUACAGACUCAUCCACGGUGACCCACAGAGAGGAAGAGGAAGACUAGAGGCAGACAGGAGACACAGAAAGGGCAUGAAUGUGCAGACUGACCUGUGCCAUAUGCAUUCGCAAACACGGAAAAACACAUUCAAACAGCGCCCCCUUCUGCACAGACGUGUUUUGACACACACAGCAGGUUUAAAGUGGCUGUGCUUUGGUGUAUAACAAAGGUUGCCAUGACAGUCUGCCUGAAUGUUGUAGAUUUUAUUAUUUUUUAAACGUUUUUAAUUAAUUUGUGAUUUGCCAAAAGGUGCUUCAGGGGAAGAGAAGGAAUAGAAACAAAUUGCUAAUGUAUGAUCAACCUCAUCCUCAACAAGAUACCUGCACAACAUAUACACACACGCACAUGCAUACGCUGAACCUACUGCAGCCCUGUCCAUUAUAAGAACCAAGUCCAGAAACUGACAUGGGAUUUGACUGUGCAAUCUCCUCCAAAAAUAUUUUUUUCAAGUAAAGUUUUCCAAAAUUCAAAAAAUAUCUAGCUUGUUGAUUAAUCGAAUCUAAUGAACAGGUAUUUUAUUUAACCCCAUGUGAAAAUGUCCAAAAAUUAAUUCCACUAACUUCAGAAAUGGAUGAUUUAAAAGGAUUGGGUUUUGUGCUGGUGCACUGAUUUGUGAACCAUGGCUCUCAAAGUGUAUAUGAUUUUGUAUAUAUAGGUGCAUCAGAAAGGCUCUUUGGCUCUGUGGCCCCUCUCCUCCCUGUGUUUGUAAGUGUAAGUGCUGCCUCUGUGGCUCUGUUCAGGGUUUCCUUUGCAGUUUUAAUUGAUAUUGAUCGCAUGCAUCUUGCUGUGACCAUCUCAGAAAGCCAGCAACCAACACUUCUGCUACACCAUUGAAAAGGGUGGGGAGGGAUGUGAAGGGAAAACAUAAAAAAAAUAUAGCUACUAUUAUUGUUAUGUUACUAUUAUUAUUGUUGUUAUAAUCAGCAGAGAUAUACAAAAAAAGUUGACAUUUUAUUUUUUGAUUUUUAAAGUUUCAUUUUAUUUUUUAUUAAAGGCGAACAUGGACUAACCUGAAUUUCCCUGCUGUAUUGUCACACGCUGUAUAUUUCAUUCCUGUUUGAGUACUGUCUGACCUCUAUGGUUGAGUACAGUGUACAUAACACUGUAUUUCUGAACCCCUCAGUCCAAUCUUGGUCAAUAUGUAGAACAGUCUAUGUAGUUCAAUGCAAUUGUGCUUUGCUACACUAUAGUGUUACGGUUGAUGCUACAUUGCCUAGUAUCUUACAUUCAGUCUGAAGAAACAAGUGGCCCAAACAAGAUGGUGAUUAGUAGGUUGCCAGUGCUUAAACACCUUGCAAUCUUGAAUAGUUUAGAACACUCCCUGUCUUUUAUGUACAGUAGUGAUGGGCAAGCAGGCCUUAAUGGAGCAUGUGUAACCAUUAGCUAGAUCGCUAGGUAGAGCAAAGCCCUUAUAAUCAAUGAAAUCAUUCAAGAAAAAAAUCUGUGAAAAUGGUUACAUCUGAGUUUAGUGCUUCAAAAAAACACUUGCUUUCCUAUCACUUCUUUGGUGGUAUAAAAUGGUUUAGUUCAGGUCCAUUAGUUACAGACUUGUAGGUAAAUUUCUAUAAAAUGCUGCAAUGCAGCACAGUAUGAGAAGGAAAGGAAGUGGAUUCUUAACAUUUGACCAGCUUAUUAGAUUGGUUUUCACCAUCUUGCACAGAACACAAAGGGGUCUUAUUCAUAAAACUUUAGCAUCCUCUUAGGUUUUACACCAUUUUCUCUCAUUAAGGGGAGAAUCCCUAGCUGUAACUCACCAAAAUUUUAACUAAGCAUAUUUAUUUAACAAAAGCACACACUGAAUAUACAGUGCAACAUUUUUCAGCUUCUGUGAGUUUUAUACUUCUGUUCAACAUGUUAUUGUUUGGAGAAUGACCCCUACGAUUAACAGCUAAAAAAAUGUGUAUGUCAUGAAUCACUGGUGUAAAUUCAGAAACUGUCCAUUUUUUUUCAAGAUUUGAAGUCUCUAUUUUCAUGUUUACAUACAGUAUGUGUAUUAGAUAUACAUGUGCAUACACAAUAAUGCCAAAAGGUGGGAUGAGAUACUGUGUGAAAACAACUGUAUUCCAAGGAAUGAAGUCACUGCUGCAGUGGUUAUAAACAUUGGGUGAGUUUGUAACCCCAACAAAAGAAGAGCAUACUUGCAAUGUUUCUGGAACAUUGUGACCAAGUACAUUGUACAGAAACAGGAAUUUCUUUAGGUGGUAAAAUGUCUGUCAGGCAUGUUUUUCUUCUUGAAACAGGAUGUUGUUAAUUUCAUCUGUAAAUAAGUCAAGUAGAAAGAAUCGUUGUUUCCUGUCAGGUGGAAUUGGAGUGGCAGAGGAGUCGUGCCAGUUUAUAGAUCAUGUACAAAGUCAAUUACUUUUUAAGGACAAUUUAAGCUACUAUUAUAAGUACUACUAAAACUGAAAGUUUAAAAAAGAAAAAACUGAGUUGCUACCUGGUAAUUUAAUUAACUCGUUAUAAAGGAAAUUUUCAAAAGUAUAUUGAUAUUAAGAAAACCAAGAUACUAUAUAAGCAAUAUGAUAUUUUAGUCAAUAAAAUGGAACAAAAAUGACAGAAAAAAGCAAAUGUUUUUAAAACAAUGAGAAAUGAAAACAUUGGAGAAUCGAUGUUGCUUCUUUAUUUUGUACUGCAUUUUAGAAAAUGUUUAAAAUAAGAAAAACAGUUAACAUACAAAA